GUCAAUUUCAUCAGAGACAAUUUAAAAUAGGAAUGACGAUGAAAAUAUGUAGAUUUUUAGGCAUUAUACUUGAUGGUGUGCUUGAGCAUAGAAGUUAUUCAAGUCAAGCCAUAUUUAUGCAAGCAACUAACAUAUUCUGAGUAACGAGGAUCGACUUCUUCCAUCUCAUCACACACUCACUAUUAGAAACAAGACACCAAAAGAAACAUACGACUUGAUACAUUUCAAGUAAGUCGAAUAUUCAUUCAUCAAUUCUACAGUAUUCCAAGUCAAUCACCUCGGGAUCUCUUUUGCUUAACCAUCCAAGGUUACUCUCUCUAACCAUUCUCUCUUCACAGCUUGUGGGAGACGACAUUUUGACAGGACGACAAUUUCCAAUGCCUCGAUAGGGCCUCACAACAACAUUCUUUCUCAUCACCAGUAAGUUGCCAUCCUACUUUUACUCUAUGCGAUCGAGAAAAAUGAGUUCAAUAUCACCCUCGAGUCUCCAUUCCAUUACAACCGAUCUUCCCAGUCACUGUCGCAGAAGGAUGGAGUAUGUUCGGCAGUGCUAGAUUGGACGACAAUGUCAUCACUUCACUUCCCCCUUCAUCAGAUAUCCCUCCAAUGAUUCUCGUCAAGUCUAUCAUGUGUAAUGCUAACAGUAUUUUCUAAUCAGAACGAACAUUGCCCACCAUUCCCCUCUGUCCUUGUCUUCUCGACUGACUUGCGACGACGACGACGACGGCAUACUCUGCCCAACAUUCAGGAUUUCCGACACCAAACAUACAUAAUUUCAAUCAAUCACGAACAUCUGCGACUGAGUUGGCUCUAGAUAUCUUCUCUACACACGAAUGAAAUUAGUCAACAUUAUAACUGGGUCAUUACCUUCUUCAAACGCACCAAAUCGAAACGCCGAAUCUACCGAUCCACCACAGCGACCAAAUUCGUACCCAACCCGAAAAUCAAUCAUGUCCGGAACGGAUAUGCACAAUGGAGAUGGGCGAAGAGGUACACCACCUGCGCCUUCUUAUGCCGGUGGCAAAUUCAACAUGAGCACUCCACACUCCAGUGCCAUUUCGCCUACCGGGAGUCCUACCCCGAAGAGUGUCGCAUUCGAACUCCUCUUUACACAAUCCCCCCAACAUCGCGCGCGACUGCCGAUGCGUGUUCAAAUCUUCCCUCAUGAUACUACAGAUUCAAUUAUCGCUACUGUCAAGAACUUUUACGGCCUAUAUGCAGAUGGCGGUGGUGCGAAAGGUGUAAGCUUCGAAGACGAACAAGGGAACACCCUCAUCGCACGAUAUGAGAACUUCAGGAACAACAUGGUUGUCUAUGUCAGAGUGAUUCAAGAAGAACCUUCUGAUGCAUACGGCCAACAAUCAUACAGCGCUGGUUCCCCACGCUUACAGCAAGCCUACUAUUCGAGCGACGCUCAGAACUUACCACCCCACCAAGCUCUCAAUUAUGGUCAACCUGUCUCAAGACCGACUUCGAGGACAUCGCGAAAGCGUAGCACUUCUCCUGGCCAUGGACGUGGCCGCCGCAGUGCCUCUGCCAGUAUCAAUCCACCUCUUCCGACCAAAAAGAGUAGAUCUCGAUCGGGGUUCAAAAGCCGUGGGUCGAGCACUCACGGUAGCUUCCAAGAGCUUCAUAGCGAUGGAUUGAACGGAUACAGCAGUGGUGAUGGAGGUGCUGGAUCCGUCACUAGCAAGGCUAAGAGUGAGCACCUUGGCAAUACCGAGAUAAGUCUCGAUAAUAUCGUGGAAGGAGGUCGACGAAAGAGAGCCAAAUUUGAGAGUUCUGUAAGUUACUCGGUUGCACAUGGGCGGACGAUGUCAUUUAAACAAUCAUACUAAUUAUAAUUUCCCAUCAGGAACUUCCUUUGUUUGCGCCACCGCAAAUGCCUGCUGCUACUUCGAAUUCUUCCGUUUCUCCAGCACGUCGCAUGGAACAUCAACGAUCGAGUUUUCCUUACACCGGAUUUUCUCAAAAUCCUUUCUCUAAUCCACCUAAUCUACAAUCCCCCCAGAGCUAUGGCAAUGGCUUCGGGGAGCCUAACAUGUAUUCUACUCCGGCACCGCAAGGUCGCCGAACGCGCGGAUCCGAUCCCGUGGGACGUCAAUCUAUUAGCACCCCAGGGAACAGCUCUGGCAUACUACCUACUCCAGAUCCCACCGUUGGGAGUUGCAUGUCGGAGGAGGAUAAGGAUGUCGCUCUGCAAUUGAUGAGACUUGGUGACAUGUCGAACAUCUCUCAUGGUCGCACAUCAGCAUCUACUCUUGAUGAUACAUUCAGUGGCCGUGCUGAUGCCGCUUCUUCUACUGGCGCUACUAGUGACAGCGAGAGUGAGAGUGGAAAUGAACUUCCACCUGCUCGUCGAAUCAAGCGUGAGCCAAGUCCAAUCCUGCCACCAGGAAUUUGGAAAAAGACCCUUUCACAUCUGGAUGACAACCUGCCGACAGAUAGCACCGAGCCAAGCAGCGAUGAGCGUGACUAUGAAGAUGGUCAGGACGGAACCUUCAAGCCAGGGCAAGCGGAUGAUGCUGUUGAUAACGAAUUAGCAAAGCCCAAAGUUGUUAAAGCUAAGACCGCUAGAAAGCCCCUACCUUCUUCCUCUAUCAAAAACAAAGUGAGCAGAAUUAGCAAACCAAACAGGCCAGGGCCUCUUGUUAAACCCAAGAAAGCCAAUAGUGUCUCUGCCUCUAGCAAAGGUCCAAUCUCACCGACUUCUUUACCAUCGCAAUCCCGAAAAACCUCCGUGGCAUCUACGGCAACUCAUCAACACCAUCUGGGUGAUGAUGAAGAGGAUCUUUCAUCCAAACCACGUUGUCAACGCUGCAGAAAGAGUAAAAAGGGUUGCGAUCGUCAACGACCUUGUGGCCGUUGUCAAGAUGCGGGACUUAGCAUUGAUCAGUGUGUCAGCGAAGACGAAGGGAACGGUCGCAAAGGUCGUUAUGGGCGCCAUAUGGGAGUACCUGUGAAGAAAGAUGAGCUUCCUCAGGUUCCAAUCUUUCCAUCAGCGCUUGCUGCCAAUGGUGCAAGCAACCUCGAAAAGAGCAAGAAGAGAAAGAGGUGAUCUACACCCACUGUACCAUCAGCUUGAUCAUUUCACUUGAAGUAUAUUAAAUGAACCCGCGGUUACAUUUUGUACCAAAAGUUAUUUCUCUUAGCGGUGAUGAAUUGGAUUUCAUCAAUUGCCCGGCAAUUGGUCAUCGUUUGAUGGCACUUCGAAACCAAUGUCACCUCAACUAUAGCCAGCAAAAGUCUUUUACAGCGCCAUUUCUUGUGUCACAAUCUGGAUCAACAAACUUUCCCUCGCAGCGUUCAGAAAGCGUUCAUACUUCUUCAUUUUGUUGUAACUGCUCGUUCUCUCUGUCUAGGUUAAAUGGCAAGGUGUUUCUUUUUUCUUCAUUAUUGUACUUUGGUUUACCUGGUGGAGCGCUUCAAGACAUCUCAUUGUUUUUUACACAAUCCCGACAAUCCUUUUAUUAUGAUUAAUGGGUCGACAUGAACAUAUUUAUGAUUUUCCUUUGUCCUUUUUUAUUUGAACUUGCUGCUUUCAAUUGGUUCUCAAUCCUCAAGUUUCAAUGAUACUCCUUUGCAGCGAGCAGAAUAGUUUCCAUUUGUAAGCCCAUUUGCCUGUGGUAAAGUCAUUUACAACUUGUUUGUAUGGUGGAAAUGGUUGUUGAUGUAUGUAUCAAUGGGAGGGAAACUCAAUUUCUGAUGCCAGCGGAGGAAGGUUCAUCAUUUUUGAAUGACAAAGCGUGUUUUUUUUUGUCUCCAUUACGAAAGUUGUCUAUUUUCCAUUUCAUGGUUUUGGUUUCGAUUCUUGUUCUAGCCCAUCUCUACUCUCAGUCACACUACAACAUUUGGGUUGCUUUUAGGGAGUUAGAUGGGAUGCAAUGGAAUGGGUGGGAAAUUGGGGAUCGCUAAAUGGGAACUCUUACUGUUUUUUUUUUUCUGAUCGCGAUUUGGGUGGGAUGCAAUGAAUGGACUUGGUUUGCGAAAAUAGAGAACCAGGAGGAUGAAUUUGAAGGAGCUGGUGGAUGAAAAGAAGGUCUUUGUUAUGACUGAUUGUAUCGAGUCAUAUUACAUUUUCCUUUUUAAUAUUGAACCUGAACUGAUCAAACGGAGGAAAAUUCAUGGAUACAUAUUAUGGAAUACAUUCA